GUGCGCCAGGCAGACCCGGCGGCCGCGGCUCCUCGGCGCGCGGCCCAGCACCUGCUGCCCUCGCCCGGCCCCGGGCGCCGCUGCCAUGCGGCUGGCGCUGCUCUGGGCCCUGGGGCUCCUGGGCGCAGGCAGCCCCCCGUCCUCCCGGCCGCUCCCAGAUCUAGGUGGCCCUGCAGAGGGGCAGGCAAGGCCGGAGAGGGACCCUGGUGGACACUCAGAGCCCCAGAUCCUUCGGGACAGCCCCACAUUCAGCCUAGCGGAGAUGGUCCAGACCAAUCUGCCUGAGGCUUUCCGGAUCAAAUUGGAACUGGACAGUGAGAGGUACAUCCUGGAGCUGCUGCGGACUAGGGGGCCAGACCCAGGCCGCCCCAGCCUGACGUGGUACCGGCCUGACGGCACCCGCGUGGUCAGCGAGGGACACUCUCUGGAGAGCUGCUGCUACCAGGGAGCGGUGCAGGGUUGCACGGGCUCCUGGGUGUCUGUGUGCACCUGCUCGGGGCUCAGGGGCUUGGCGGUCCUGUCCCCAGAGAGAAGCUACACCUUCGAGCUGGGGCCCGGGGACCUUCAGGCCACCCCCAUCAUCUCCCGGACCCAAGACCUCCUCCCGUCAGGCCGCACCUGUGCGCUGAGCUGGGGUGCAUCCGUGCCCGCUCAGGCUCCCCAGGGGCGGACCCGAGGCCAGCAUCGCAGCCGCGCGCGCAGUCGUCGGCGGAGGCGGGACGUAGUGGCAGAGACCAAGGUUAUUGAGCUGGUGCUUGUAGCCGAUCAUUCUGAGGUGAGCUUGCUGGGCGCUGUGUGUCUCGCCUCCCCCCCCGCCCCCCCCCCACUUUUCAUGGUCAUUUCCCUUGAGCCGCAGGUCCAGAAGUACCCGGACUUCCAGCAUCUGCUGAGCCGCAUGCUGCAGGUGGCCUUCCUCCUGGACACCUUCUUCCGGCCCCUAAAUGUGCGGGUGGCGCUGGUGGGCCUGGAGGCCUGGAGCCAGCGUGACCUGGAGGAGAUAAGCCAGGACCCAGGCCUCACGUUACACAACUUCCUCCGCUGGCGGCGCCAGGACCUGCUGCCUCGGCUGGCCCACGACAGCGCCCAGCUCGUGACCGCCACGUCCUUCUCCGGGCCCGCCGUGGGCACGGCCGUCCAGAACUCCAUCUGCUCUCCCGACCUCUCAGGGGGUGUGAACAUGGACCACUCCAGCAGCGUCCUGGGAGUCGCGUCCUCCAUAGCUCACGAGCUGGGCCACAGCCUGGGCCUGGCCCACGACCUGCCUGGGAGCAGCUGCCCCUGCCCGGGCCCAGCCCCGGCCAAGAGCUGCAUCAUGGAGGCCUCCACGGACUUCCUGCCAGGCCUCAACUUCAGCAACUGCAGCCGUCGGGCCCUGGAGCGGGCCCUCCUGGGGGGGCUGGGCGGCUGCCUCUUCGAGCGGCUGCACAGCCUGCCGUCCAUGGCCACCGUGUGCGGGAACAUGUUGGUGGAGCCGGGGGAGCAGUGUGACUGCGGCUUCCCGGAUGAGUGCACCGACCCCUGCUGCGACUACUUCACCUGCCAGCUGAGGCCCGGGGCGCACUGUGCGUCCGGCGGGCUCUGUUGUCAGAACUGCCAGCUGCGCCCCGCCGGCUGGCAGUGCCGCCCCGCCAGAGGGGACUGCGACCUGGCGGAGCUCUGCUCAGGCGACAGCCCCCAGUGCCCUCCCGACGUGAGCCUGGGGGACGGCGAGCCGUGCGCAGGCGGCCAGGCCGUGUGCGUGCAGGGCCGCUGCGCCUCCUACGCCCGGCAGUGCCAGGCUCUCUGGGGACCCGGGGCCCAGCCCGCCACGCCGCUCUGCCUUCGUACGGCCAACACGAGAGGGGACGCCUUCGGGAACUGUGGGCGCAGCCCUGAUGGGGGCUACCUGCCCUGCGCCCCCAAAGACGCCGUGUGCGGGCAGCUCCAGUGCCAGGGGGGCAGGGCCCAGCCGCUGCUGGGCGAGGCCCGGGAUCUGCACUGGGAGACGCUGGAAGCCAACGGGACGCGGCUCAGGCAGAACUGCAGCCGGGCCCACCUGGACCUCGGCAACGACGUGGCCCAGCCGCUCCUGACCCUGCCCGGCACAGCCUGUGGUCCCGACCUGGUGUGCAUCGACCAUCAAUGCCAGCCCGUGGGUCUCCUGGGAGCGCAGGAAUGUCGAAGCAAAUGCCAUGGGCACGGGGUCUGUGACAGCAAAGGACACUGCCACUGCGAGGAGGGCUGGGUGCCCCCAGACUGUGCCAACCGCAUCAGAGCAGCCAGCUCCCUGACCACAGGGCUGCUCCUCAGCCUCCUGCUGCUGGUGGCCCUGAUGCUCCUUGGCGCCAGCUACUGGCACCGCGGCCGCCUGCGCCAGCGGCUCUGUCAGCUCAAAGGACCCAGCUGCCAGUACAGAGCAGCCCAGUGCGGUCCCCCAGAACGCCCGGGACCCCCGCAGAGGGCCCUGCUGACGCCAGGCGCCAAGCAGGCCAGUGCUCUUGGCUUCCCGGCCCCCCCCUCCAGGCCGCUGCCUCCUGACCCUGUGCCCAAGAGACUCCAGGCUGAGCUGGCCGACCGGCCCACUCCCCCCACUCGCCCUCUGCCCGCUGACCCGGUGGUGAGGCACCCGAAGGUUUGUCUGGAGACAAAGGUGACCCCUGAAGCCGGCCCCACAAGCUGGUGUCCCCAGCAACCGGGUGGGCGCCACGACACCCUCCCAAGCCAGCCUCCUGCCUUCUCUCUCUCUGUCUCUCUCUGGCUCUCUGUCCCUCUCUCUCUCUGGCUCUCAGGGGCCCAACAAGCCUCCACCCCCGAGGAAGCCACUGCCUGCCAACCCCCAGGGCCGGCGCCCUUCGGGUGACCUGCCUGGCCCAGGAGCUGGAACCCAACCCGUAGUGGUCCCGUCCAGGCCUGCGCCGCCGCCCCCAGCAGCGUCCUCGCUCUACCUCUGACCCCUGCUGAGGUUCCGUGGCCUGAAACCCGGACCUAGGACUUCAAGAGGCGACCGGUCCCUGGAGUCCUCCUCCAUGACCCAAGGAGCCGGAGCCUGGACUCGCUCCCCUCGCCACCCCCCCCAAGACUCCAGACACAGCCGCGGGCCACCAAGCAGCACCCUAGGGACCCGCUCACGCUGUGGCAGCUGGAGAGGGGAGGCGCUGGGCGCUGGGCUGGGCUGAGGGAGGUGCACACAGCCUGUCCCCGCUCUGGUGCAAUAAACGUGAGGUCUGGGCAGCG